ACCCCCUCAUCUCAUCCCCCUCCCGCUCUCAAUCUCAAGGUCUUGCUUCUUUCUCUACUCGCCUGCUUGAUAGUCAUGCGCUCAGCCAUCCCGCUGGCAUCCGCUCUUUUCACAGCAGCUCCUACUCUUGCGGCGUACAACCUCAUCAAGGAAUAUCAGGGCUCAGACUUCUUUUCGGGUUGGGAAUUCUAUGGGAACUACGAUAACUUGACCAACGGUGAUGUCACCUAUCUCGACCAAGCCAACGCGACGGCGUCGAAACUGGCGUACGUGAACGAUGCUGGGAACGCCAUCAUCAAGGUCGACGACACGAGCUUCGUGCCGUGGAACGAUAAGCGUAAUUCGAUACGGAUCGAGACUUACGACUACUUCCCUGUUGGCACUGUCCUUUUGUUUGAUGCUGUUCACCUGCCCUAUGGCUGCUCGGUCUGGCCCAGCUUCUGGACCAAGGGCCCCAACUGGCCUGCCGGCGGUGAGAUCGAUGUCCUCGAGGGUGUCAACCUCAUGACUGCCAACCAGAUGGCCCUACACACCUCAAGUGGCUGCACUGUGGAUGGCACGGACUGCUCGAGCGGUGCUGGCUGCACGGUGACGGAGAAGAAGGACAGCAGCUAUGGUCAGGCCUUCGCUGCCGCCGGUGGCGGAGUUUGGGCCACUCAGCUCGAUACGACUGGUAUCAACAUCUGGUUCUGGAGUCGCAACGAUAUCCCGGAUUCGGUGAAGAGUGCCACCAACACGGUUGACCCUACCUCCUGGGGUACUCCGUCUGCCUCGUACCCUUCCGGCUCAUCUUGCGAUAUCAGCCAGUUCUUUACUCCCCAGCAGCUUGUUCUCGACAUCUCUCUUUGCGGUGAUUGGGCUGGUCUGGCAAACGUCUACGGGCAAACCUGCGGUACCCAGGGCCAGGUCAACUCAACUUCUUGCUACCUCGAGAACGUCAUCAACAACGGCAACUACUCCAGCGCGUACUUUGAGAUCUCCUACAUCAAGGCGUUCUCCUCCCAGGCCGAUACCUUCGUUGCAACCGUGUCUGGUAGCAGCACUGGUCUUGUGUCCCAAACUGCGACCGGCACGGCUGCGACCGGCGGCAGCACGGGCUCGCCGACUAGCGGCAGCAAUAGCAACGGCAACAGCACUUCCACGGGGUCGGGGUCGGGUAAUGGUGCGGCUGAGACCGCUCCUCGCGUCUACCUGGCGAUCGCGACUUGCGUACUGUUCUCGUUCUUCAACUGGGCCAUGAUCUAGGUUGUUCCGGUGACGGCAUUGACAUGUUGAGAUCUGAAGGACCUUUGCUUGAAUCUACAAGGACGUCUAGUCGACGAACAGUGUAUUGAUCAAGCUACUGUUGCUUCUGUUCAUAUUCUGCUAUCGAUGCGAUUUGCUCUAUGCAUCGCUGGUGGUAUUUACUGUAUUCCGGCUACGGCGUAUGAUAAUGGGGUUGAUAGGCAGUCUGC